AUGGUUAAAUUCUAUACACCGGGAGUGUUUUUACUAGCCGCCUCUGCCGCUACAGCUGCUGCGUAUGCCUCCCAUCUACACUACCGUCUACAGGCGAACAACAAGCUGUCUCGGCCUUUGCCUUAUAUUUCUAGCGCAAUAGCUCAGCGCUCAGCGCACCAGCGCAAUAUUGACGAGAUCAAUUGCCUAGACGGCUAUGAUGUUAUUAUUGUGUGCACGUCCACGCCGCACCAGGCGCAGUACUGGCAGGAUCGCCUUAUGGCUACGCGUGGCUCGAUUUCACCCAAGAGUGCAAAGGUUAUUGCUGUGUUUGAAGACUGGGAUGGCGGUGCUGGCAACGGCCUUGGCACGCUCUACGCGUACACAAAGGCGGUGGCGGUCGGCAAGGAGCUGUACGGCAUUGACAUCCCGGCACUACUUGCCGCUAGCAGUAUUAGUGUUGCACUGUACCAUACCGCUGGUAAAGGUACACGUCUUGCACCGUUGCCUGGUAGCGAGAACAACAAUAAGUCAGGCGUGAAGCUGCCGGCCAUGGUGAAGAUCAAGGACAAGUACGCACCUAUGACGAUCCUAGAAGCAGUGGUAAAGCAGACUGGAGUGUACGCGUCUAGCCGCCGUGGACGUUUAUCGGUUUUCUGGGGUGACCAGGUGUUCAUUCCGUCGGCUGAGGUCAAGUACGAGGCUAAGCACCAUAUUGACAUCCUUGCUGCACUUGCUCCAAUGCCUUCAAAGAAGGAGUGGAAGGAGAAGGGUAUGGAGAAGUACGGCUUAAUCGUGGUGAACCAGCAGGACAACGCAGCACAGGUCGACAAGGUCACACAUGAGACUGCUGCUCGGUUGCUGUCCUCAUUUGGCGAGAUGAAGUCAGUAGGCACCAGCCUCGGAUCUUUUAGCGUCGAUGCCGACAUGCUUCGAGCGUUGCUGAGCGAGUUUUCGAAGGAACUAGAUGCUAAGUCUGGCAAGCUUGACAGUGACCCACACUUUUGGAUGCCGCUGACGCUAGAACUUGACGCGUACACGGAGGUGAUGACACAGAAGGGUGUCGAUACGACGUCUUCGACUGCACACUACCAGCGUAUGCAGACGAUGAUGACCAACUUUGAGAAGACCCGGAAGAAGAAACUGAAAUUGUUUGGCUGCGUUGACGUUGGUAGUGAUGUGUACUGGUGGGACUAUGGUCAAUUGACGCUGUAUCUCAAAAACAACCGUCUUGUGACCAAACCUGGCGUGGAGGCGGACUGUUUGCGCUCAUUUCUGGGUAUUAACAGUAAUAUGGAGCAUAGCAAUGUCGGCGUGGAUGCGGUCAUAAAUGAGGCUACGGUUUUGAACAGCAAGAUUGAGCAUGGAAACAUUAGGCGCAGCGUGCUUAGCGGCGUUUACGCGAAGAAGGUGAACGCGGAUGGUUCGAUCCUGAUUAAUGUGACUGCGCGCUCGAUUUCGGCGCCCAACUGCGUGGUGUACAAUGUAACGUCGGACGAGGUCAACGGACUUUGCCUCGAGGAGGGCAGCGUCAUUGUUGGCGUGUUAUUACCCGAUGGCACGAAGGUUGUGAUGCGCUCGAGCAUGAACGUAUGCGGUGGUCAAGCAUGGAAGACCGUGCUGGAGGAAAACCAACAUUCUUUUGAGAAGAUCUAUGAGCUUAAUGCGGAAGCAAAUGUGUCAAAGCUGGAGAAGCUAAUUCAGGACGAACACAUGAAGAUGCGCGCAGUAGUGAUGUCUUAA